GGCCGAUUUAACUAGAAUUUCAUGCUAUAGAUUCUAACUCAUCAAUUUGAUCCGGUCCAUUUAGAAAAUCACAUGCAAGAUUUGGAAUAACCUAACUCUACCAUCUCUGUUUGGAUCCACGGCUCUCUCCGGUUAUCAUCUGCGCUUCCUCUUAGGUCCGGAGCAGUGAAUAGAUCAAGCUUAGAUGGGUGGUGCUGAGUAGGUUCCAGACCAUUCAAAGGCAAUUGUUAUGCAUGAUCCAUCAAUGUUCAACCACACAGGUCCGAACAAUGUACCUCCAUUUGCUAACCCGGGAGUACAGAAUGGUAUUGCAGAUUCAGCUGCCUACAAAGCGAAGAAAUGUCAGGAUGCAUUACAGGAGGCGGGUCUGAGAGUCAAGCAACAUGAAGAUAAUAUGAAGUUUUUAAAGACUAAGAAGAACAAAUUGGAUGAUUCGAUUAUAGAUUUACAAGUUGCACUUGGAAAAUAUCAUUCAGCAACCAGCCCUGCAAUUGAGAAUGAUGGUCUCUCCUAUGUACGGAGUGAGGAGGAAACACUUGAGCAGAUUUUAAAGCAUGAGGAAUCUGCAGCUGCGGUUUUGUGCCAAUUGAAAACCCUUCAUGGUACCCAGGCUUCUAAUUCUCCAUUAUCAAAAGAUGUGCUUGGUGUUGUUGCCACACUUGCAAGAGUUGAAGAUGAUAAACUCAGCAGGGUUCUCUCAGAUUACUUGGGACUAGAAACCAUGUUAGCUGUGGUAUGCAAGACCUAUGAUGGUGUUAGAGUGCUGGAAACAUAUGACCAGGAGGGCCUUGUAGAUAAAAGCUCUGGACUUCAUGCACUUGGAAUGUCCAUCGGGCGGCCCUUGGAUGGCAGAUUUCUUGUCAUCUGCCUUGAAAAUUUAAGUCCAUUUGCUGGUGAUUUUAUAGCUGAUGACCCACAAAGAAGGCUUGAUCUUCUCAUACCCAAAUUACCAAAUGGGGAAUCUCCACCUGGCUUUCUUGGAUUCGCUGUAAAUAUGAUCAAUGUGGAUAGCAUUAAUCUGUUUUGUGUAACAAGCAAUGGUCAUGGCCUAAGAGAGACCUUGUUCUACAAUCUCUUUUCACGCUUACAAGUGUACAAAACGAGGAUCGAGAUGCUUCGAGCUCUCCCAUGUAUAAGCAACGGGGCGAUCUCUUUGGAUGGUGGAAUUAUAAAAGGUGCUGGCAUAUUUUCACUGGGAAGCAGGGAUGUAGAUGUGAAAUUUCCCAAGAACUUUGGAAGGACAUGUCCGCCUCAAAACUUUUUCCAAGUUGAGAAUAAAAUGAAGGAAAUUAAAUGGGAAAGAGAAAGAAUUUUAGAAGACAUGCAGAGAGAACAAGCAUUGCUAGACCAUGCAAGGUUCAACUUUGAAGUAAAAAAACAAGAGUUCAUCAAACACAUUGCUCAGAGCUCAUCAUAUGCCACUCAAAUGCAGCAACACCAGAUUUAGCAUUGAAGUUUUGAAGGAGUGGGUAAUGUCAGGAGUAAGAUUUUCUGGUGUAUAUGAAGAUGGAAGCUCAACAUAUUUAUCUCUGCAACUAUAGGCUCCACCUUCGGUCUCUGCGUCAUCUUAUUUAUGUACAUGUACAUGCUGGUCUACGUCCCAGCUUAGUCCGUAGUGUACCAGCCAUCUGUGCUAAUUUAUUCUUUAUUUCGUACAUGAAUGAAUCAUCAUAUGUCCUUGGUCAAGGCACUGCUGUUGUACUAGGAAGAUAAAAAAAAAAAAAAAAAAAUAACUGUUUUAGGAAUUAUUUGACUGCUUUCUUUUAAUUUAAUACUAACCCUACUCGGUGCUUUAAAUCAGUUGUACACUACUUUAGAGACGCUUGUUUGACAAAGAUGUACACUACAUCUUUGCCUAGUUUUUUUUAUCCUAUGAACUAUUGAGGUGUUGCCUUCUUCGUAUCAGCUUUUCAUGUAAAAAGCGAGUGUUCAAUAUAUUAGACAAGGUUUGCGUUCUU